AAAUUGAUAACUUUGAUAUCGUUUCUGCAGCCUCCGGGCCAACUGGUUUUUGGCCGGAAGUGUCCUCAGGCUCGGAACCUUGUUUCACAAACGUCACCCCCAGCCCGCCUCGCAGCGUCCUAAUUCCUGCAAGUCGAGUUUGCAGAAAGAACCCCCCCAACAGAACACCUGUCCCUCUCGAGUUCUGUCUCUUCUCCAUAUAUUCCUUUCCUUUCCUGCUGUUGGUUGGAAACGCACGAGACGACCAACUACACACUACAAGCAGACAUCAUGACCGUAACGAAAGUUUUCGCUUCCACCGCGCCGGCGGACCUGGUAGACUUCUCCAAAGACAGUCUGAAAGUUGCGGCUGCAUCCAUUGCCUUCAACCCUAUAUUCUGGAACAUCGUUGCUCGUCAAGAAUACCACAACCGAAUACUGACCAAGCUCUUCGGAGGCAACUCCCGCUACGGCUGCUACUUCCUGGCGGUACUGAUCUUCUCGCUUGGUAUAAUCCGGGACUACUUCUACGAGCAAGCGCUGCGGGACCAGCCCGCGCUCGACAUCCUCCAGUCACCCACCGUCAAGUACGCGGCCGGCGGUCUCUUCCUGACCGGCAAUGUGCUCGUCGUCUCGAGCAUGUGGGCGCUGGGUGUUACCGGCACCUACCUGGGCGACUACUUCGGCAUCCUGAUGGACAGCCGGGUCACCGGCUUCCCGUUCAGCGUUACCGACGCACCCAUGUACCACGGCUCGGUGCUGAGCUUCCUCGGCACCGCCCUGUGGUUCGGGAAGCCCGCUGGUCUCCUGUUGACGCUGUUCGUGUUCGUGAUGUACCAGUUUGCGCUGCGGUUCGAAGAUCCCUUCACCGCAGAGAUCUACGCCAAGCGCGAGCGCGCGCGGGCCAAGAAGUCGGGCUAGAUGCCGAUGCUUCCCUCCCUCUCUUGUCUCGUCUCGAGACAUCAUGUUUUCCUAUUUUUUCACGACGUUAUGCUUCAACAUUAAAUGUCGUAGUUGAGUGUGCAAUGAAUUCAACUCGUUGCCGCGGUGCGUUUACCAAAGAUGUUUUCCACGUUGCAUGUGAAGUGAAGUGCAAGUGAAUAUGAUGUGCGCGGAGGGAACUUGUAUGUAGAGUGCCUUGACGAUCGCACGGCUGAAUGCUGGUGCUGGUGAUGCAAGCACACCCAGCGCCGGCGCCGUGUCCAGUACAUACAAGGCAAGAUGACUUCAUAGAGUACCUGGUGGCUUGCAUAGGGCUCGUAGGGGUGUGGACGGGAUGCAAACCGAU